GCUUUGCCCGAAAUUCUACUCUAACACAGCCGUUUAUUUGGAAACAAAUUAAAACUGGACGGAAGGCAAUUUUGCGUGGCUCCUUGCAGAAUUUCGAAUAGGGGAUUACUCGCUCCAUCAAUCGGACAAGAUCUGUUCUUCAGCUCUUUGGAAUUUUGGUUGAAGAUGAAGAAGAGUUACUUUCUCGUAGCGUUUUUGUCGUUAUUUGAAUUUCUAGAUGUUUAUAUUUUGGCUUCCCCCUCAACUGCCCCCGCCUUUCUCUGGUUUCCUCAUCACAAUCAGUUGCAAUCUGGUAAUGUUUUGAAUUAUCAAACAAUAUCUCCAAAGGAUCUGGCAAAGUCUGUUUUUUCUCAAGGGGGCUGGUCUGAUUUACUGUGCUCAGGGCAGCAGUCUCCCCAAUCUGUUGAUGUGGCCCUUGUUUUUGUUGGCAGAAAAUUAGAAUCUUCUCAUGUUGCUGGGAACAAACCUGCUGACUCAGCUCUGGUAGACUUGCUCAAGGUCUCUUUUACAAGGUCCAAUUUUUCCAUGGCAUUCCCAUAUGUUGCUGCACCAGGGGAGGAAACAAUGGAGAGUGUUUUGGCUUCAGAGUUUAUGGAAGCUUGUGGGGAUAAUCUGAGAAUUAACAAUGUUGCAUUUUCGGAGUCCUGCUCUGUAGAGGGUGGAAAUUUUCAGAAGCUUGCAGACUUGCACUCAGUUCAGGAUUAUCUGCUUUCAAGAAUGGAGAAGAAAACAGAGGGCAAGGCUGAUUUGGUUGUCUUCUGCUAUGAUGGCACCGAGUCUAUGAAUCAACUUGACCAACCACGUCCUGAAAGUGAGGUUAUCUCGGGGCUUAUUAAUUCUGUGGAGCAGUUGGGGGCAGAAUACACAGUUCUUUAUGUAUCUGAUCCUGUUAGGUCUAUUCAAAAUCCUACUUAUCGGGAGUUAGAAAGGUUUCUUGCUGAUGGUGCUGGAGGAAAUGGAUCAGCAAAUUCCACUGGGUGUGAUCAAGUUUGCAAGUUUAAAUCAUCACUUCUGGAGGGAAUUCUAGUAGCGAUUGUUCUGCUUUUAAUUUUAAUAUCAGGCCUUUGCUGUAUGAUGGGCAUUGACACUCCAACAAGAUUUGAGGCACCCCAUGAAUCUUAAUUGAUUGUUUGUACAAGAUAAUAGCUUAAUGUUAUGGGUUGCUAGGACUGGGAAAAUGUAUUGGUCAUUUGUUACAUUCAAUGGCCGUAUUGGUAUUAUAAUUGAUUUCACUCCAAUGACCUACUGGUUUCUGGCUGCGUGUAAGUCAUAUUUUUUUCUUUUUUGUGGAAAUAAAUUAUUCAAUGCCA